AUGUCAAAGGAAAAUAUUAAUUUACCGAAAGUACCAAAAGAUUUAUGUUUUUCCGAAAUAGAUUUUCUUCAACAAAAUUUUAAUGUGGAUAUCUUCCUUCAAGAACACAGAAAAAAUACGAAAUUAGAAACCAUGAGAGACGAUCUUGGAAUAUACUUAAAAUUAUUAAGAUCUGCUAUGAUUGAUUUAAUCAAUAGAGAUUAUACAGAUUUUGUAAAUUUAUCAAGUAAUAUGAUAGGUUUGGAUAAAGCUAUUAAUGAUUUACAAAUACCUUUAGGUCAAUUAAGGGAAGAAGUAAUGCAAAUACAGCAAACUCUAGAUGAUGAAAUUAUAUCAAUUAUUCACAACAUGAAUGAGAAUAAGAAAGUUCAAAAAUAUAAGCGAAGUGUGUUUAGCUUACAACAUAUUUAUAAGUCCUUAAAUAAACUUUCAUCAAUAUUAUCUUUAAAUACAUUCCUUGAAAGUUCCAUUAAAAUAGAUAUUUUAGAACAAGCUGCUGCAGAAUUUAACCAGUUACAGUUUCAUAUAUCCAGAUGCGAAUUAAGCAUUAUUAAUGAGAAACAUGAAGAAGCUGAAAAACUUGAGAAUUCUUACAUGACAUUUCUCAAUGAACUUUUCUUGGCAUGCAUACAAGAAAAAAAUUCUACAUUAUUAAUUCGUUGUUUAGGAAUUUAUGUUACACUUGAUAAAAUGUCUGAUGCAGAGAUUUUAGUGAGAACGGAAAUUGUUGGUCCAUUGGUUCAUAACAUAAUUAGUAUAGAAAACUUACAAACUGAUUUGUUAGGCCUACAAAAUAUAUACAAUAAAUUGUUGAGUAUUUUACAUGUAGAACUUAAACAAUUGUUAGAUCUUACAAUGUAUCCAAGAUUUUCUGUGAAAGGUUUCAAUUUUUUGGUGAACAGUUUUUGGAUUGAUGUAGAAGAAAAAAUUAAUCAAUAUGUAAAAUGCAUUUUUGCUCCUGGAGAUCCAAUAUUAUUUCAUUCUAGAUAUGUAGCAACAUUGGAGUUUUUAGAAAAGCUGGAAAAUGAAUGUGUUACAUCUGAAUCAUUAAUUGCAUUAAAAGAAAAUUCACAGUAUAAAAACUUUCUGAAAAAAUGGAAUUUACCAGUAUAUUUUCAAAUCAGAUUCCAAGAAAUAGCUAGUAAAAUUGAAACAAUUUUAACUGAACCAAUAUCACCAACAUCUGUAAGAGGAACACUAGAAUCUCUUGUACAAAAUGAUUUUUCUCUUUGUACAACUUAUGUCAUAUGGGAAAAUUUGCAAAAAAUUUGGGAUAAUGAUAUGUAUCUGUACCAACUCUUUCAUAAAUUUUGGAAAUUUAGUCUUCAAAUAUGCGCUAGAUAUCAAAUAUGGACUCAAACAGUACUAAAAGAAGUUUGGCCAAUAGAAAAUGAAAUAAACAAUUUAAAUAAAGUAGAACAUUCCACAAGACUUAACUUCUUAAUCUGUUUAUAUAAAGAUACAGAAAAAUUUGUAAAUAUACUUCCAUCAAUUUUGGAAAUAGCUCAAUUAAAACUUAAAGAAGAAACUUCAACAGUAUUGAAAUUAUUAAAAGAUUCUCUUGAUGAAACAAUAAACAAUUUAAAAAAAAUUUGGCCACAAAUUACAAAAGAAAUUGUGAAUGAAUUAUUGAAACAAUGUGUAAUGCAUCUGAAACAAGUCAAUGAUAUACCAAGAUUAUUUAGACGAACAAAACGAGAUGUACCAACAAAACCAUGCACUUAUAUUAAAAAUACUCUUGCAUUCCUCAUCAAUUUUCAUGCAGAUUACAAAAAAGUAAUACCAACUAAUGUUAAUUGUUGGUUGGAAUUAGCUCUUUCUUUGUUAACUGAACAUUACUUAGCUUCCGUAACAGACGUCUUAACUUCAGUGCAAAUAACUGAAGAGAGUUUAAGAAGAUUAAAACAAAUACGUGAUAAGUCAAUGGGGUCUCUUUCUUCCGAAGUUCAAGGAAUCAGUGAUAAUGAAAAAAUACGAAUCCAGUUACAAGUUGAUGUACAAGCUUACGUCAAUAUGAUUACAGACAUGGAAAUUUCAACUUUAAACGUACUUCAUAUGAAAGACCUGUUACACAUAGUUGAAACAGCAACAAAAAAAUAA